ACCGCGAGCUCCCCCCCCCCUACCCAAUAUGGCGCCCCCUCCGUGCUGUGAGUCGUCCGUGUGAGUGUGCGGGGCUCCACGCGUCCCACCCUCGCCGCGAUCGCAGCUCGCCAGAAAUUAGCGGGAGAGCGAUUCGAGCUUUAGUCAACCGCACCGAGAGACGGACUAGCGGCUCGCCAACCAUGGCGGUCAACGUCUCGCUCACCGUGAACCGGGCCCUGUUGGACCCCAACUUUGAGAGCUACCGACUCUCCCUGGACCCCAUCCCCACCUACAGCGUGCAGCUGCAAGAAGGUGUGGACGAGGUGGAGCUGUCGGAGGACCUGUACACACGCGACCACGUGCGCGUCUACGGCAUGCGCAACCACCUGGUCGCCGACCCCUGGGACGCGACAUCGGUCUACUACGUGGACCGUGCCGGGCGCGUGCAGCGCGUGCGCGUUGCGCUGGACACGUACCUGGGAACGCCGGUGCCCGUGUUCCGGCUGGCGCGGGAGGUGGCGGGGAGCCCCGGGCGCGUCAGCACGUCCAUGCACUUCCUGUCGGAGGAGCGGGCGGCACUGUGCGACGGCGCAGGGACGCUGCUCGUGCUGCACACGGGUGCUCGCGCCGUGGAGACCGACGCUGCGUGGGAGGUGGUGUAUAGCGGUGCGGUGAGCACACCCUCGCUCGUGGUGGACGGGCUGCAGAGAGCCGGCGCCGCUGGAGCCGUGCUGGAGCUGCUGCUGCUGCGCGUGGAGCGCGACCCGGCGCCCUCCAGCAAGAGCGGCUUCCACAGCGCGCUCGAGUGGCUCACGCUGGAGCCAGACGAAGGAGUAGUGGGGCCGGCGCGCUUCUCGGUGUCUCGGCGGCGGGAGCUGGCGGGGCCCUCGGCACCAUUCUACGUCGCCCUGGAGCCAUGGGGUGCCGGCAUCGUGGUCGCGGCUGACAAGGCCCUCCGUGUGACAAGCGACUCGGCGCGGCCGGUCGCGGAGGAGGAGCAGGUGGAAGUAAAGGAGGAGGAGGAGGAGAAAGAGGAGGAGGAAGAGGAGAAGGAGCUGGGCGUGGACGACGUGAAAGCCCCCCCGUACCAGUGGCAGCAGACGUCCGAGGACGUCACGGUCACCUUCGACCUCCCGGAGGACACGCCCAAGGGUGACGUGGAGGUGACGGUGACCCCCGAGCGGCUCGAGGUCGGGGUGAAGGGCGGCGCGACGCUGCUGCGGGGCGAGCUCGCGGGCCGCGCCGACCCCGAGGGCAGCGCGUGGACCUGGAGCCCGGGACGGCUGGAGCUCACGCUCAUGAAGGCCGAGCCUAGCGGGGACUGGGCUGAGCUGCUGGCGGGUGGAGUGGGUGGAGCGAACGGAGCGAACGGAGCGACUCAAGGGGACGACUUUGAGCGGCGGCCCGUGGAGCAGGUGGCGUACAACCCGCAGCAGCUGGAGGAGUGCGACGCCGCUCCCGAGGAGAUGGCCACGUUGUGCCGCAUCGACGGCGACUCUCACGCACGAACCUACACGGUGAACCUGGGCGGCCACCAGUUCCUGUUCACGGCGCAGCUCGCGGCGGGGGACAUGCCGGGCCUGUGCCUGCGGCACGACGUGGACGCGCUGCUGUGGCGCCCGCGGCCCCAGGACGACGCCAGGCCCUGGGAGCACUUGGACACGUUCAACGCCCUGGGCUACGUUCAAGCCUCCAAGCAGGAGCGCAAGUUCCUGGCGUGCGCGCCCGGCCGCGCAUUUGCGGCGCUGUGCGAGUGCUCGCGCCGCGUCUUCCUCUACCGCCAGCCGGCCGCGUCUCCCGGCACGCAGCUCCGCAAGCGCGGCCGCCCGGGAGACGGGCGCGUCGCGCGCCAGCAGGUGGCCACGCUGGAAGCCGCUGGCUCCGAGCCCUUCCUGGGCUUCGUGGUGACGGACGAGCGAGUGUUCCUGCUCACGCAGAGCAAGCUGCUGGCGCUGCGCGUCACAGAGACGGCGCACGGAUAGUGCAGAGACGCACGCACAUGCCGCCCUGCAGAAGCACACACGCCACCUUACAGAAGCACACACACACUGCCUUGCAGAACCACACACACACACGCCGCCUUGCAGAACCACACACACACACCACCUUGUAGAACCACACACACACACCACCUUGUAGAACCACACACACACACGCCGCCCUGUUGAACCACACACACGAUGUCUGGUGGGAAGGAGGUGAUGGUGGAGGUGAUUGCGAUAUCAUGUGAAGGGCGAUCAUGAUGAUGGUGGUGAUAAUGUUGCAUCCGAGUCGAUCGUUUCUCCACAGAGGAGAGGCCUCCAUCCCUCAGCGCGCUCGCCGCCCAUCCCACCCACCGUCCUUCACUCGCCCGCUCUGUAAUAAAGGCAAAUUCUUUUUA